AUGUUUAUAAAUUGUCUCGUAGAAGGAAAAACCCCAGUCAAAACGUUAAUAGAUACAGAAUCUAAUAUUAUUAGUAAGAGGUUGUUUGAUAAGCUUGAAGAGGAUUAUGGGUUAGAAGGUGUAUCUGAUGACGAUUUGAUAGGUGAAGAAAUAAAAUGUUUAGACCUGCAAUUUUGCUAUAAAGGAAAGUGGCGAAGCUUAGAUGCUACCGAAGUAAUAGACUUUCAAAUUCGCAAAAAUCCAUCAUUCGAUCUGGUGUUAGGACAAGAAUGGUUAUGGAUGCAUAAAGCAAAAAUAAGCUUUGAAUUUUCUUUCGAAGCCCGUAGCCAUCAUGCUAAAAUUGAAAUAGAUGGUAUGAGUAUCCCAUUAAUCGAAGGAGGUAGCAAACCCACAGGUGACUCUUUGAGUCAUAAAGUCAGCUCCUCUAAAAAUAACUUAUCCAAAUCAACGGAAAGUAAACCUGGUCUAGCUCAAGAGGGGGUUAUGAAUAUAAUUAACAAAAUUCUCUUAAAUAUCGAAGAUAGAUUCGAAGAGUCACUACUUUGCAAUAAUAAACAACGAAUAUUUCACAACAUACCUCCUGUACCUCCACCAUCCAGAAGAUUAAAUGAUGAUGUACCCAAAAAUAGCAGAGCUAGCAAGAAUAAGAAAUAUCCUAAAGUAGAUUUAGGCGAUGGGUAUGGAAAGCUUUCAUUAAAAACGUACCUCAAUAAUAUUUGGAAGUCGGUUCAUUCUAUAGAAAAUGAUAUAGAGUAUGGAAUUUUUAAAAAACUCCGUAUUAUUGAGUAUAAACUAAGUUGUAUAAAUAAAGAAAAGUUACCAUGA